AUAGAUAAAUAAAACGUAGAACGAAUGCGUGCUGACUUGAAAUUUUUGGCUCGACCAUUUUCGGUUGCUUUUGGUGUGGUGUUAAAGAGGACGUAACCACGGGACUGAGCAUAUUAUGAAGUAACUAUGACGUUGUAACAUAUUGGCUAUGUCUUCGAAGGAUGAAGUGCAAGAGCACAAUGACACAGGGUCAGGUUGGUGGUGGUGGCCAUCAUGGAGGCCAACGUCGACGUCCCUCCUGAAGACUACAGAGGCCAGGAUCCUGGCAUGUGUAAAGAAUGACGUGUGGGCCCGCUUUGUGACCCUCCCCACCCAGGACAAGAUCUGGACCGUCACGGUGACCAGCAGGCGCUCCCGAAAACCGGAUGGGACUGACCUUCCGACUCCCCUGGUGAUGGUGCAUGGGUUUGGGGGAGGGGUGGCGCUGUGGGUGCGGAACCUGGACGCCCUGUGCCUGUCCCGGCCCGUCCUGACCUUCGACCUGCUGGGAUUCGGCCGCAGCUCCCGGCCCCACUUCCCCUCUGACCCCGCCCUGGCUGAGGCCCAAUGGGUGCGCUCCAUUGAGCAGUGGCGGCAGGCCGUGGGCGUGGAGCGGAUGAUCCUAUUGGGCCACAGCCUCGGAGGUUACCUGGCAACGUCUUAUGCCAUACAGUACCCCGAGAGGGUAAGCCACCUAAUCCUGGUGGACCCCUGGGGUUUCCCAGAGCAACCUCAGGCAGGGGGUGAGGGGUCGGAAGGUCAGAGGUCAGAGGUGGUGAAGAGACCGCCCCUUUCUGCCUGGGUGAAAGCUGUGACGUCUGUUCUCAGCUUCUUCAACCCGCUAGCAGCUGUCCGAGUCGCCGGCCCCUGGGUGAAUUCCCAGAUAACACAUUCUGAGUGCUCACUGCCCUUUCCGAUAGGGCCUGGCCUGGUGAACAGAUUCCGUCUGGACUUCCGGAGUAAGUUUGAGGACCUGUUUGAGGAUGACACCGUGACUCGCUACAUCUACCACUGUAAUGCCCAGAGCCCCAGCGGGGAGGUGGCUUUCCGGGCCAUGUCGGAGGCUCUGACCUGGGCGAAGCGGCCGAUGCUGGUGAGGGUGGGGCAGCUGCCCCCCCGCCUGCCACUCAGUCUGCUGUACGGGGGGCGGUCCUGGAUCGACAGCUCCACCGGGAAACGGGUGGAGCUGCUCCGCCCCCAGGGCCACACCCACAUCCAGGUUAUAGAUGAUGCCAGUCACAAUGUCUAUGCUGACCAGCCAGAUGUGUUCAACAGAGCGGUGAAGAACAUUUGUGACACUGUGGACUGAGUGUGUGUGUGUGUGUGUGUGUGUGUGUGUGCACGUGUGUGUGUCUUACUGGAUUGCAUACGUUUCUGGGUGCAGUGUGAGAGGUGCAGGAAGUUAUGUAUGUGAAAAAGAAAGCACUUCCACUUUCAGUUCUAUGGUUGUUAGGAGAUAACUAAACCCUCAUCUAGUCAUUACAUUACAUUACAGGCAUUUGGCAGAUGCUCUUAUCCAGAGCGACGUACAACAAAGUGUAUAACCAUAACCAGGAACAAGUAUGACGAAACCCCUAGAGAGAAGUACCGGUCCAA